AUGGCUAUCAUCAAAACCAUUGUCAUGAAUAGUUUACUCUUGAUUUCAAUUCUCUGUAGUGAUGCAGUCGUGGCUGGGCGGGAAGCUCCUAUCAAUAACGAAGUUUCCGACAAGAGCAACGGUGAUUAUUCUUCUAACUGGUCUGGUGCAGUCCUAAACGCCCCCCCAUCAGGAACUACGUUCACUUCUGUUUCUGCCGAGUUCUCUGUACCAACUCCCGGAGUCGCAGAUAAUGAGGCCGGCUCGUCCGCGGCCUGGGUUGGUAUUGAUGGAAACACCUAUCAAAAUGCCAUUCUUCAGACUGGCAUCGAUUUAAGUGUCAAUGCCGACGGCUCUGCCUCUUUCGAUGCCUGGUAUGAGUGGUAUCCUGCCUAUGCUUACGACUUUUCCGAUAUCAGUAUCAACGCCGGUGACAAUGUUUCUCUUUCUGUUGUGUCCACUUCCCCUAAUUCCGGUAUAGCAACGAUUGAGAAUUUAACCAAUGGUCAAAAGGCCAGUCAGAUUCUCACUGCACCUGACUCGUCCUCCACAUUGGGUGGGCAAAAUGCGGAGUGGAUUGUCGAAGAUUACGAGGUGGGCAGUAGCUUGGUCACACUUGACAACUUUGGCAUUGUCACUUUCACCAAUGCGUCUGCGGGGUUGUCAAACGGAACUUCUGUUGGAAUAGACAGCGCGGACGUCAUAAACAUGAUUCAAAAUGAGUCGGGACAAGAAAGUGAAGGAACAACUCCUGGAGAUGAUAGGAUCAAGCUGGGAUACUGA